AUGAACACCACUCGAUCCACUGCAAGCCGGGCGGGCAGCCUCGCGGCGGCCUCGGCUAUCACCCUCCUCAUCCUCCUCGUCACCAUCACCCAGAUCGCUCCUCCCAACCUAUCCAGCACCCGCCUUCUUUCCUCCACCACCCUCUUCCGCAAAACACCCUCAUCCGCAUGGUUCACAGAUGGCGGCUACCUCCGGCGGGACCCGUCCGACGGCUAUGCCAGUACGUACGAGUUACGGGAUGUUGGGGAGAAGGAGUACGCGUGUGACGAGUAUGAGGUCAGCGAGAAGGGGACUAGGAGGUGUACGAGCACGGUCCGCCUCAUGCGGGCUCUACGGGACAAUUCGGUUGCUCAGGUGGAGGCGACAACGCGUCGAGGACUACCAAAGGGGAGUGGUCAAACGGUGAUACUGGGUGAUGGGGAGGCGGAGGGUGCGGUGAUUGAGGAGACGGUGGAGGCGGAGUUGGGGCGUACGGCCGAGAUGCUACGAGGACUCAGGGGGAAACGGGUCCUCUACCUCGGAGACAGUAUCGACCGAUACCCUCUGGAAGAACUACCGCUCAACCUCCCCUCGUCCGCCCUUGUAGUCAUCGAUCCCGCAAACGGCCACAUCAUGGAGGCCGGCGCCACCCCUGCCCCGGGCGCACCCGUCCGAGGCCACACCACCACCUUUUUCAACAUCCGGCUCGCCAACUCCAUCCAGUCCAGUCACGCGAGUGACGAGACCUACCACCCCUCUCGUCGUAUGCACCCAGACGACUUCCGUAUCGACCUCCUCUUCACAUUUGGUCUCUACCACUACCCUACCCUCGACGACUUUAUGGCGCGCGUGGCCCUCAUGGAGCCCAUCGUCGGCCCGGACGCCGAGUACGACCUCAUUUGCGUCAAUGCCGGAUUAUGGGACAUGGAGGCGAUGAUGUACCCGGACAAUGACGGCAAGGGGAUCAGCGCGUACUGGGUGGACCAGUACGUCGAUCGGUAUAUCGCCCUCAUCGACCGCUUGCGCGCCAAGUACGGCGCCCACACCCCUAUCGCCAUCCGCCUCACGCACGACACGCACCACAUGUACGAUGCGUCCCACUUUAGACCGCUCCGCUCGGAACACGUUCGUCAGGCGCAACGGGAGGUUGCGCGCCGAACGGGCGUUAGGCUUUUGCCGUUUGGUCAACUCAUGGCCAGCCAGCCGGACUUUUACAUUUACGAUGGGGUCCACCCGACCCCUGAGGCGAAUCUGACGAUAGAGACUCAGAAGGGUUGGAAGCAUCAGAGCUGGACUGGUCAUGGAUCGGGAGGGGAUUGUGCACUUGGCUUUCGGACUGACGUCUGCCAGCUGCUCAGGGGUCUCACAACGGAGGAAGUGUGCAAAAGAGAACCGACGGCGGCGGUACUGCGAGGCGAUAUAGGGGGAUUUGGAGAUCUAGGCGGCAUCUUUAACCCCCUAACUCGGGAGACCCCACCCGUCCCUUUCCCUCUUCUUUCACCUCAGACUCGCCAACCUCAUGAAAUCUUCGGCACCGCACGCAAGUCCUCCUCAAUCUAUAACACCCUCACCGCACUUAGCCGCCUCGCGUACCGCGCUCGGCUCUCUUCACCCUUCCCACCCAGGCUAUCCCUUCCUCUCCCUGCCGACCUUAUCACCGUUCCCACUGCCGAGACCGACCGACCUCUGACCGGCUCAAUAUCUUGCAACGUAUCGGGGUAUCAUCGGCCGAAUAGCUGCGGCUGCGCGGGCGGAGUCUCAGCCGUACUGUCUGGCUGGCCCUUGAGUGGAUUCGACGCCAUCCCGACGUUUCACAUGUUACUUGGCUUGAUCGUCGAGGCGCGGAGUUCGGGCAAUAGGGAGAUGAACCUGACACACUCACUCGGCGUGUAUCAUCUUCGCCCAGGCGCAGUCCAGCGAAAGGAUGGGCUGGUUAGAACGCGUAGGAGCAGAAGGCAAGGGUCGGAUUACGAAGGAUGUCUAGCGAGGAACAGUCCGAGGCGGAGUGGGCGGAGCUGGGAGCCCUUGAUUGAGCGUCAGGGGAGGUGCUGGAACGUGAAAGAAUGGUCCGCUGGGGACUCGAAGUGUAUGGGGUUUGGGGGGAUUUGGGACUCAGACCGGAUCAGAUUGGUAUAUAAUCAAGAGCAGCGAAGCGCUGAUCCACCGCCUCUUCCCACUCUCACCCCAUUCCCACCCAUCAUCAGCAUCAUCCCAUUCCCCUCACCUGCUUGUUCUGCCAUCUCACCUACCCGUUCGCUACCUCUAUCGGAUCUUCCCUUCCCCUCCCUUCCCAAGAUGCCUACCCCUACUGAUGCCAUCGACGGUCACACGUUUGGUAGUCUUGCUUCAUCCAUGUGCCAAACGCUGAGCAGCUGCAUCUUACGAAGGAGCAAGAGUGAUUCUUCCUUGCCCUCUGUCUACGAGUCUUCUGCUCAGCCGACGAUCACUGAGCUGUCGCGCAUGCCUUCAAGACCGGUCGCGAACACUGCGACCGACGCAACGGAACAUCCUGAUCAGGCCCAACCUUCCAUGGUGUCUGGUGCUACUGCGACCGCCACCGCCAGUACAACCGACAACGAAAGAACCUCGCGGCCGUCGCGAUCGGGCAUGGUCACCAUCCCCUCGAGGACUCACAGAGGGCGCCCUCCCUUGGGAAGUACCAGGACUGAGGCCUCGAAAAGAUGGCCUGUCUCAAUCCAUCAGAACAGAACUCAUCAUGCAACAUCGGCGACGGGAGGGCCGAGCGAGGCCAAUUCGGAGAUUCGCACAACGCACGGCGACGCCACUGGAACCGGGCACAUCCCACGGCGGGCAGGAUGGAGCGAAGGCGACCACGGCGUCAGUGGGACUACCGGGGAGCAUCAUCCAGUCAUUAUCUCGUAUGGGACAUCUGCCGCCCCGGAGAGCAGCUUGACGAUCGGGAGGUCCGGGGGAGAUGGGCAUCACUAG